AUGGUCAGUCUUUUCUUCUUUUCACUAGUUUUACUCAAUGGUUUAUGCGCGGCUUUGAACCAUCAUGAUGCGAAGUUACAUAAUGAUCACUUGAAUCGAAUCUCUCGUGCGAAUGAAAACGAGCGUGUUCUUCAAAAUUCUAUGAAAAAGCUUCUCAAUGUUGACAUCAAUGAAAUGCGUAGUGCAGAUGAUGAGAAGCAGCAAUACGAUUCGUCAAAUACAGACAAAGCGGCUGGAUCAGUGUCAGCUGAUUCUUUUACUCAAUUUCCUGAGGAUGUUGCUUGUCUUGAAGCUUGUUAUGUUUGCGUCGACGAUCACUCAUUAAUUUUGCGCAAGAAGCGAUCAAUUGAUGGUUGUGGUCCUAUAUGCGAAUGUGCCAAUAGCUGUUCUCGAAUUUCAAUUGAACAGAUUGACAAAAUUUACGGCCAAGAUGCCGCACGACGAGGUGAUAGAGAUUGCUUUUUGAGAACCUACCUUCAAAUGAUCGACAAUGAAGUACAAUUAUCACAUUAA